GCUGCGCUGAGAGUCCUGCCAGUACAGAACAGAUAACGCGCGACCGUCAAUUCAGGCUUCGCUUCAGUAGAGCUCUAUCCUUCGCACUGUAAAAAUUUUCUCUCAUUCCAUUGAGAUAUAACCAUCUGUGUUCAACAAGAUUCUCCACAGAUAAAGAGGGAAAUUGUGGAUUGAGGGAGCAAUUUUCAGGAAAGCUUGAGCAAUCAGCAAUGCUUGGUGAGUCACUGCAUCUCCUCCCUUGUAAUUCUUGUUGGAUUACAACGACUUUGUCUGCGGUGAACCGUAAUCGUCGGAGGACUUCGUUGCCCUCCCGUAGGAGCCGAGAGAGCCACCGGAAACACAAGCGGCUGGCGAUCGCCGCGGCGGCUUCUAUGGUCAUCGACACCGGCAGCGUUCAACUCCAGCAAGCUUCGCCGGAAACGCAAACUCCGGCUUCUGAUUCGGAGCAGUUUCUACCACGCCGCCUCAUUUUGCUCCGCCACGCACACAGUUCCUGGGAAAACCGUUCCCUCAGAGACCAUGAUCGCCCGUUGAGCAAAGCUGGACAACUUGCUGCUGCCAAAGUUUCUCAUGAGCUCUGGCGAUUAGGUUGGAUUCCAGGGCUUAUAUUAUGCAGUGAUGCAGUUCGAACUCGGGAAACACUGAAAAUUAUGCAGGAGCAGGUGCCAGCAUUUUUGGAAGCUGAAGUACAUUUCCUCUCAAGCUUUUAUUCUGUUGCAGCAAUGGAUGGGCAGACGGCUGAGCAUCUUAGGCAAGCAAUCUGUAAAUACUCUAAGGAUGAUAUACUUACUGUCAUGUGUAUGGGGCAUAAUAGGGGAUGGGAGGAGGCGGCUUCCAUGUUUUCAGGGGCUCCUAUAGAGCUGAAGACUUGUAAUGCUGCUUUGCUUGAAGCAACUGGGAAGUCAUGGGAAGAGACGUUUUCUCUGGCUGGACUUGGCGGUUGGGGGCUCCAGGGCAUAGUGAAGCCAGAUACUGAUGUAUAGUUCUAUACUGUCUGAGAUCCUGUUCUCUAAAUGUACCAGCCAUGAACUUCUUAACUUCUGCAACAUUGUUAUUGGACGAACCGAGGAAGGGACGAGAAUGAGACGGAACUUCGUUGUUCAGCACUCAUUGAUGUUUUAAGUCACAACUAUGUCUACAAUAACUGAUGUCUUGCAUCAACAAGGAUACUCCAAAUGAGGAUUCUCCAAGGUUGCUUUAGCUUGUUGAAGGUGAUGGGAGUGUGGAGCUACUGAAACUGUGCAGAGUAGCUAAUAUGAUGUAGCUGCAGGGCGUAAAUCAUAAUGAUUCAGAACCAAGAAAAAGCUGGAUGGAACUGUUUUGAGUUUUGUCAAUCAAGUAUAGAUUCUCUGGUGGAUUCUUUCACAGAUUAUUCUUGUUUGUCUCGCGUAUUUAAUCUCAGGAAUUUAUGUGAAGUCUUUUGGCAAUUGCCACUGGGUAGUGGGUACGCAUAAGAUGGAAAUCUAAGAUGCCAUAAUCACAUUGUGACAUUGUAAUCGAUGUUAAUGAGAAUCAUGAGAGGACUAAAUUCAGGUUGAAUAAUGUUGGUUGGUAAUUUUUUAGGUUGAUGUUGUGUCUGGCAAUUUCGCCAUUGCAGGAAUAAUAGUACCAUCUCAAUGCCAA